CGGCUGGCAGACAUCGCCAAGAACUCGCUAUCGGUUGAUCGCGAGAUCAAUGGUGACAAGUCCAGCCGGCAGAUUACAACCGACGGCAGCAAUCUAGUGGUGACAUUCAGUGCCGAGACAGCGCGGAUUCUGCGUGUCAGCGUCAAUGGAUUCAUGGACUCGCUAAUCCUGGUGACCCGCACCAUAGAAGCUUUUUCGUAA